CUCCGGAGGCGGCCGGCGUGGGUGCUCCCCAGAGGCCGACGGAAGGUGAGCGCUGUGGGCUAUGGGAUGGAUGAGGUGGAGCAGGACCAACAUGAGGCCCGACUCAAGGAGCUGUUUGACAGUUUUGACACCCUGGGAACUGGGUCUCUGGGUCAAGAGGAGCUCACUGACCUCUGCCAUGUGCUGUGUUUGGAGGACGUGGGCCCGGUGCUUCAACAGACGCUACUCCAGGACAACCUCUUGGGCAGGGUACAUUUUGACCAAUUUAAAGAAGCAUUAAUACUUAUCUUGUCUAGAACUCUAUCCAGUGAGGAGCACUUUGAGGAGUCAGACUGCUCACCAGAAGCUCAGCCCAAAUAUGUUAGAGGUGGGAAGCGUUAUGGAAGAAGAUCGCUGCCCGAGUUUCAAGAGUCUGGGGAGGAGUUCACGGAGGUGACAGUGCUUGAGCCUCUAGAGGAAGAAGCGAGGCCAUCACAUAUCCCAGAUGGUGACUGCAGUGAGCACUGGAAGACACAACGCAGUGAGGAGUAUGAAGCAGAAGGCCAGCUAAGGUUUUGGAACCCAGAUGACCUGAAUGCUUCACAUGGUGGGUCUUGCCCUCCUCCAGACUGGAUAGAAGAGAAACUGCAAGAGGUUUGUGAAGAUCUGGGGAUCACACGAGAUGGUCACCUGAACCGGAAGAAGCUGGUUUCCAUCUGCGAACAGUAUGGAUUACAGAAUGUGGAUGGAGCGAUGCUGGAAGAGGUGUUUCUCAGCCUUGAUCCUGAUGGUACAAUGAGUCUUGAAGACUUUUUCUAUGGUCUGUUUAAGACUGGAAAAUCCCUCACACCAUCAGCAUCUACUCCCUAUAGACAAUUAAAACGGCAUCUCUCUAUGCAGUCUUUCGAUGAGAGUGGACGGCGGACCACAACCUCGUCAGCAAUGACAAGUACCAUUGGCUUCCGGGUCUUCUCCUGCCUGGAUAAUGGGAUGGGCCAGGCAUCUGUGGAGAGGAUACUGGAUGCCUGGCAGGAAGAAGGCAUUGAGAACAGUCAGGAGAUCCUGAAGGCCUUGGAUUUCAGCCUGGAUGGAAACGUCAACCUGACAGAGCUGACACUGGCUCUUGAGAAUGAACUCUUGGUUACCAAGAAUGGCAUUCACCAGGCAGCUCUAGCUAGCUUCAAGGCUGAGAUCCGGCAUUUGUUAGAACGAGUUGACCAAGUAGUCAGAGAAAAGGAGAAGCUCCGGUCAGACCUAGACAAAGCAGAAAAGCUGAAGUCUCUCAUGGCUUCCGAGGUAGACGAUCACCACGCGGCCAUUGAGCGGAGGAAUGAAUACAACCUCAGGAAACUGGAUGAGGAAUACAAGGAGCGCAUAGCAGCCUUAAAGAAUGAACUCCGCCAAGAGAGGGAACAGAUCCUGCAGCAAGUGGGCAAGCAGCGGGUAGAGCUCGAGCAGGAAAUUGAAAAGGCCAAGACAGAAGAGAAUUACAUCCGGGACCGCCUUGCUCUCUCCCUGAAGGAAAACAAUCGCCUGGAGAAUGAGCUUCUGGAAAAUGCAGAGAAGUUGGCAGAGUACGAGAGCCUGACAAACAAACUUCAGCGCAAUUUGGAAAAUGUGUUAGCAGAGAAGUUUGGUGACCUCGAUCCCAGCAGUGCUGAAUUCUUCCUUCAAGAGGAGAGGCUGGCGCAGAUGAGAAAUGAAUACGAGCAACAGUGCAGGCUACUACAAGACCAAGUGGAUGAGCUCCAGUCUGAGCUGGAAGAAUAUCAGGCCCAAGGCAGAGUGCUUAGACUCCCCUUGAAGAACUCCCUGUCAGAAGAGCUCGAAGGUCACAGUGGUGGUAUUGAGCCCAACCAAGGGCCUGGUUCUGAAGAAUGCAACCCACUGAAUAUGAGCAUUGAAGCCGAGCUGGUCAUAGAACAGAUGAAAGAACAGCACCACAGGGACCUGUGUCACCUGAGACUGGAGCUGGAAGACAAAGUGCGCCACUAUGAAAAGCAGCUGGCUGACACCAGGGUUGCCUGUGAAAAGGAGCAGGUGGCCAUGAAGCAAAAGUAUGAGCAAGGAGUGCACACCUUGGAGAAGCAAAUCAGUGACCUUCGGAGUGAGAUUGCAGACCUUCAAGGGCAGGCGGCCGUGCUGAGGGAGGCCCACCACAAGGCCAGCUGCAGGCACGAGGAGGAAAAGAAACAACUGCAAAUGGUGUUUGAUGAGGAAAAGACUCAGCUUCAGGAGGAGCUGCGGCAGGAGCAUGAGAGGGAGCUCAAGGCCAGGCUGCAGCAGGCAGAGGAAAGCUUUCUCCAGGAGAGAGAGGGGCUCGCUCAGGCUGCUGCCUGGACUGAAGAGAAGGUGAGAGACUUGACUCGGGACCUGGAACAAUCUUACCAGGAGCAGCUGAGGAGCCUGAUGGAGAAGCAUGCUCUUGAGAAAGAAGAGCUGAAGAAAGAGCUCUCAGAAUGUCACCAAAGGGAACUCCAGGAGGGAAGGGAAAAAAUGGAAACAGAGUGUAAUAGAAGAGUCUCUCAGAUAGAAGCCCAGUUUCAGGCUGACUGUGAGAAAGUCACUGAGCACUGUGAACAGACUCUGCAAACUCUUGAGGGUCGCUACCGCCAAGAGCUGAAGGACCUCUUGGACCAGCACCUGGAGGAGAAAUCUCAGUGGGAGUUUGAGAAGGAUGAGCUUGCUCAAGAGUGCACAGAAGCCCAGGAGCAGCUGAAGGAGGUGCUCCAGAGGGAGAAGGCAACCUCUCUGGCCAUGAACCAGGAACAGGAGAUGCUGGAGAAGACAUACAAGGAACAUUUGAAUAUUCUCAACAUGGAAAGAGAGAAGCUGUUGCAAGACCUGAAAGACCUACGGAACGCAUCUGAGAGCCAGCACAGCCUCCUGUCUGACCAGAUAAUUGAGUUAAAGAGAAGUCAGGAGAGAGAGCUGAGGGAGCAAGGGCAGGUGCUAUGCCAGACAGGGGUCUCUGAACAGCUGGCUAGCCAGCAGCUUGAAAGGCUCCAGGUAGAACAUGAGCAAGAGAAGCAGGAAAUGAUGGGCAAGCUUGCCGUCCUGGAGAGCGCCCACAGAAUGAACUGUGAGAGAACAGAUCAAGAGAAGGCAGAGAUGAGUGCAGAAAUCCGCAGGCUUCGGAAUACGGUCAAGGACAUGCAGCAGGCAGCCUCUCUCUUGGUGCUUCAGGGUGGCUGCCAGGCAAUUGCAGGGGAGGAGGCAGAAGGAAAUGGAGCCAUGUCUCUGCUUCAGCAAGGGGAACAGCUGUUGGAAGAAAAUGGAGAUGUCCUCAUCAGCCUGCAGAGAGCUCACGAGCGUGCAGUGAAGGAAAAUGCAAAAAUGGCUAUGGAAAUUUCUAGAUUGCAACAGAGGCUGAAAAAGUUAGAGCCUGGGUCAGUGAUCUCAUCCUGUUUGGAGGAGCAGACAUCUGAGAUUUCUGGAAGUUCCAGGGAACAAGCAGAACCCAUAAUGAAACAAGGUACAACCACCAAGCACUUCCUGAGCGACCUAGGAGACCAUGAGGCCCGGGACCUGGGAAGUACAGGGACAAGCUCUGUUCAGAGGCAGGAGUGUAAAACCGAGGAGUCAGAAGCUUCCCUGGAGUGCUUUUCUGAGCUUGAAAACAGUGAAGACACCAGGACUGGAUCCUGUGACCUGAAGAGUCAGAUCAUCCAGCUUCAGGAGCAACUGACGGUCUUGCGUGCAGACUGUGAGCGGGCUUCUGAGAGGAAGCAGGACCUGCUCUUCGAUAUUUCUGUGCUUAAAAAGAAACUAAAGAUGCUGGAGAGACUCCCUGAGGCGUCUUCCAGGUAUAAGGUAUUAUAUGAGGAUGCAGCCAGAGAAAACACCUGCCUCCAGGAAGAGUUAAGACUCAUAGAGACUCGCUAUGAGGAGUCGCUAGACAGCAACAAAGAGCUCACCGCUGAGGUCUACAGGUUGCAAGAUGAGAUGAAGAAAAUGGAGGAGGUGAUGGAGACGUUCAUCAGCCUGGAGAAGAGUUACGAUGAGGUCAAACUGGAAAACGAGGAGCUCAGUGCUCUGGUGUUGAGACUUCAGGGGAAGAUGGAGAAGGUACUGGAAAGGGCCACCCUGCAGGGUGACAGCUACUCCCUGUGGGGAGCUCCUUCAGAAAACCUGGAGGUCACCUCUGAUGAAAAGAUGUUUGAACUCCAUCAGACUCCAGAAGAGUGUACACCCAAGGUCAUGAGCAUGCACCAUGUCAUAGAAGAGUGUAGACAAGAAGCCCAGUGCUGUGAACAGGGAAGCACCCGGCUCCUAGCUAGAAUAAAAGCACACGAAAUUGCCUGGUUCCGCAGAACAAUUCAGACACAUCAGGAAAAGCCUAGCGUGCAGAAUCGAGUUGUCCUGGAGGGAAAUGAUGCUCUCCUAGGCCUCCAAGACACACAUCUUCAACAUGAGGCCAUGAUCGCAGAGUUGGAAGUGGAGAAACAAAAGCUACAGGAGCUGACUAGAAGUUUGAGAGAGCGAGUCACUACAUUAGUUAAGCAAAAAGAUACUCCUUCUCAAGGAGAGAAGGAGGAAGAGCUGAAGGCAAUGAUGCAUGACUUGCAGAUCACGUGCAGUGAGAUGCAGCAGAAGGUUGAGCUUCUGAGAUAUGAAUCUGAAAAGCUUCAAGAGGAAAAUUCUAUUUUGAGAAAUGAAAUUACUACUUUAAAUGAAGAAGAUAGCAUCUCAAACCUGAAAUUGGAGGAAUUAAAUGGAUCUCAGGAAGAAUUGUGGCAGAAAAUAGAAACCAUAGAACAGGAAAAGGCUUCGAUUCAGAAGAUGGUUGAAAAAUUAAAGAAACAGGUUUCAGAUUUAAAACUCAAAAACCAACAGUUGGAUUCAGAAAAUAUAGAACUCAGCCAAAAGAACUCCCAAAACAAGGAAGAACUGAAAACCCUUAAUCAACGUCUGGCAGAGAUGCUGAGCCAGAAGGACGAGCCAGGAACUUGCACCUCUGAGAAAUGGGAACAAGAAAAUGCAAGCCUCAAAGGAGAACUGGAUCGCUACAAAGUGCAGACUUCCACUUUGGUGUCUUCUCUGGAGGCAGAACUUUCUGAAGUUAAACUGCAGACUCACAUUGUGGAGCAGGAAAACCUCCUUCUCAAAGAUGAACUGGAGAGACUGAAGCAACUGCACAGAUGUCCUGACCUCUCUGACUUCCAGCAAAAAAUGUCUAGCAUUCUAAGCUACAACGAAAAACUGCUGAAGGAGAAAGAAGUUCUCAGUGAGGAGUUAAAGAGCUGUGCAGAUAAGUUGGCUGAGUCAAGCCUCUUAGAGCACAGAAUUGCUACAAUGAAGCAGGAACAGGAGGCCUGGGAAGAGCAGAGCCAGAGCCUGAAGUCACAGCUGGCCGUAUCCCAGGAAAAGGUUCAGAAUUUAGAAGAUAUCCUACAGAAUGUAAACCUUCAAAUGGCCCAGAUUGAAUCAGACCUCCAAGUGACUCAACAGGAAAAGGAGGCUCUAAAGCAGGAAGUGAUGACAUUACACAGACAGCUUCAAAAUGCCAUUGACAAGGACUGGGCCUCAGAAACAGCUCCCCAUCUCUCAGGGUUCCAGAGCCAGCAGAAAGGGCUCUCCUGGGACAAACUGGACCAUCUGAUGAAUGAGGAACCAGAGCUGCUUUGUCAAGAAAGCAAGAGACUCCAGACUGUGGUACAGAACACCCAAGCAGACCUCACACACUCCUGGGAGAAGGUCUGUCAACUGGAAUCCAACCUUCUUCCCACCAAACACCAAAAACAACUCAAUCAAUCAUGUACUGUGAAGCCCAUAGAACAAGAAAAAUUGACCUUAAAGAGAGAGUGUGAACAGUCUCAGAAAGAACGACCUCCUACUAGUAGGAAGGUCAGUCAGAUGAAUUCCCUUGAUCGAGAAUUAGAAACAGUCCAUCUGGAAAAUGAAGGUCUGAAGAAGAAACAGGUGAGACUGGAUGAAAAGCUAAUGGAGAUGCAGCCCCUGAGGUCCACUGUGACGCAUAGCCCGUCGUCUCACUGGGAUCUGCAGUUGCUCCAGCAGCAAGCCUGUCCGAUGGUGUCCAGGGAGCAAUUUCUGCAGCUUCAACAGCAGCUGCUGCAGGCAGAAAAGAGAAGCCAGCACCUGCAGGAGGAGCUUGACAACAGGACCUCCGAAACCAACACACCACAGGGAAGCCAGGAACACCUUGUAAAUCUCAUGGAAGAACGAAUGAUAGAAGUUGAACAAAAACUAAAGCUGGUGAAAAGGCUUCUUCAAGAAAAAGUGAAUCAGCUCAAAGAACAACUCUGCAAGAAUACAAAAACAGAUGCCAUGGUGAAGGAUUUGUAUGUUGAAAACGCCCAAUUGUUGAAAGCUCUGGAGAUGACUGAACAGCGACAGAAGACAGCAGAGAAAAAGAAUUUUAUCCUAGAAGAGAAGAUCGCCAGCCUCAGUACCAUCGUCAGGAACCUGGCACCAGCACCACUGACUUCUAUGCCUCCUCUGAGGUCAUAGCCAUCCCAAAGGAUGCAUACCAAAGGAUGUGCUUGCAUUUGUGCACUUUACUGACACUAUUGGAAUGUGUUAGUAGGUUCUCUGAACCCUCUAACUCAAAAACUUUCAAUGGCUUAAAAUCAAGCCUACCCGAAGUCUGCCAGCAAUGGAAUUGGAGGCUCCAAAUGGGUGCUUACUGGGAUUCCACAAAUCACUAUUUAAAUUUCACUAUUUAAACUACUCAUAAGCACUGAACUUUUAAAGUAUGUUCUAGAUAGCUACCAAGAAUGAAAUUAACUUAAGAACCUUAAAAUCCCAGUUUUUAAUGUUUUUAAAUUGAUAUUAUCUGUGUAUGCAAUCCAGGUUCCUUUUAAGUUUGAUAUCUAACUAGAGUGGUUAUUAUAUUAUUAUCUUUUUUUUUAACACUUAAGUAUUGAACUCAUUCUGCUUACAGUACUUUAGUCUUUUUGAAUUAAUUGGCUGACUGCAGUUCUGUUCAGAGAAGGCCAGUAGGUAGCAACCAAGGUCAGAGAAGUCCAAGUUCUGUAAAACUCUGACUUCUGAUGCCAGGUCUUGUUACUCUUGCUGUAUAGCAGAUUCAGAACUAACUUACCCAGCUGCACUCUUAAAUAGGAAUAAAGCUUUACUUUCUUUAAACAGCCCUUUCUCUUCCCCCUAAAGCUUUUGUUUGGGACCUUGUCUUCUAAACAAAUUGAUAAAACUGCACUCUUAACAUUACUGAACUUUAGGGAGACCAUGGACAGACAGAACACUUUGGAGUAAACAGCCACCCGUGGAGCAUGAUGCAGGAGUUUCAUCUCUCCCAAGCCCUGGAGUUCAUGGACAUACCUUUGAGUUUGCAUCAAAAGCUCAGGGAACGAUUUUUGAACUGUCUUCCUGAACUACUUGCUGCCUGGCCUCUCAAAGAACUAGAGAUCUGUAAACCAUACAACCUUAUUUGUCUUAUAUAUUAACAGCCAUAGACUUUUUUACUUCUAUGUUUUAGUGCACUUAAUUAUCUGAAAAGGCCUUGACUGUAGAGUUAAACACCUCUCUCUCUUACUUACAAAGAGUUUUUACUGUUUGUUUAAUACAGGUCAAGAUUUCCAUGCUUCUGACCUUUUGAUACUUCAUAUCUGAACUUAUGAAUCUCAUUCUGUGGAGAACAUUGGCAUGCUAUCAGGGGUAAAGGAGAGAAAUCAGAGUGUUUCAUUUUAUAAGAGAUACAAGAGAAAAGUAAACCAUUAUGUAUGGGAAGAGACACAAGACAAGUCAGAUUGGCUGAGAAGUCACAUGAUAUGAGGAAAUCUUGAGCCAUUUCCAUCAUGACUCUUUGGAAUUCUUUAGGGCCUAACUAUCCAGUGCCUCCAGCCCAGAGCUCUCUCUACCAAGUGUGACACAGCACACUGUCUGUGCUCCAGUAUCUCACACUGGUUUUGCACUACUGUUCGUAUCAGAAAGUUCUGAUCUCCUACUGGGGAAAGAAUUAAUCCUUCCCUAUAAUUAUACAUCAAAUCUUUGGCCUCUGGUAUUAUGCCUCCUCUAAAUCUUCCCACUCAGCUACAUAUGGUAUUAACUUUAGCAGAAAAUUGUGGGUAGGCCUAGGCUAAGAUGAGAGGUAAACUAAGUCUAUAUGAAGUACUUCUGUGAGAUGCUUCGGAUUCUGAAGGUUAAUUUCACUGGAACUGAACAGUAAGCACAUUUCUCCAACAGUUGGCUGGCAUGAGGCCAUGUUUGUUGUGCUUCUUAAUUUUAUUUUAUGAAAAGUGUAGGUUAGUGUUUCUUAUAAAUGUGUAUUUAUGUGUACAUAAAGUGCUGUACAAUGACUGUAAAUAUGAUUUUUUGAAAAGUGUUAGAGCUCAUUUAGAAUUAUCUCACCCAAAAUCAAAAUGCUACUUUAGUAAAAUGUUAAUUUCUUGCUGUAUCCCACUAACUAGAUAGGGGGGAAGAUCAAUAUGAGAAAUGUCUAUAGAUAUCUCAAAUUUAUACAUUCAUGCAGCAGUUUAUUUUUCAGAAGACUUUUAGAGUGGGAGUUUAACUGCCCGUGUAGAAUGUAGCUUAAAGGGACUGGAGAGAUGGCUCAGUGGUUAAGAACACUGACUGUUCUCCCAGAGGUCCUGAGUUCAAUUCCCAGCAACCACAUGGUGGCUCACAACCACCUGCAAUGGGAUCCAAUGCCCUCAUCUGGUGUGUCUGAAGACAGCUACAGUGUACUCAUGUGCAUAAAAUAAAUAAAUAGAAUCUUUUUAAAAAAAGAAUAUAGCUUAAAGUUUUAAAAGCAUCAAAUGUAAAAUCCUAGAAUUAUGUGCAGAUUCGACUCUCGGAGUUUCUUUCCAGUGGCUCUUUCCAAAAUCGCAAGUUAGGUAUUUUAUGACCAUAGCUACUUUUCUUUUCUUUUCUUUUCUUUUUUUUUUUUUUUUUUAGCACUGGUCUCUAUUGCCCUGUUUUCUGUCUUCUAGUUUUUAAAGCCUUACUCUGUUGUUUCCCCUAAGGGGAGAAAGGAUUUAUUUUAUCUAAAGGUCUUUACUCUUAAAGUAAGUCUGUGAGGGGAGAGAAGUCCAUGUGGCUUAGGAUGAACCACAGUAUUUUCAUUUGCUUUUCAAAAACUCUAAUUCCAGCUAAGCCAUUGUAAAUGUAAAUACCUCCUUGAAACUGCAAUGUGCUGUUUGUAUAUUUGACUAUCAGCAUGUUUUAUAUAAACAGAUCAUGAAAUCAUAAACUUUAAGGUAUAGGAAGACAUCUUACAGGUCUAGUGUUUCAGUAAUAAGUCAAUAUUCAGGGCAGGAGAAACAUUUGAAAAACUUU